AUGACCAAAAUCCUCGCCUUGCUCGUUUUGCAAAUUACCGCGAGCCUCGCCGCCGAUGAUUGUGCUCCCAAACCCAUUUCGGUCGACGUCAAAGAUGUCACACUAUCGAAUAACAAAACGGCAAGGGGUGUGGCGCUCUCAGUCGGGUCACCGAAGCAGAACUUUGCAUUCAUGCCCAUGUGGCCCAUGAACAACACGAUGAUGUACGGAACGGACGGAUACUGCACACUACGAGGAGCCGAUGCGUGGACGGACGAAGCCUGUGUAACAUUCCGCGGUGGCGCCUACGAUAACACGACUUCAAAUACCGAGGGCCCCGCGGCUGCAGGCUCAUAUCCAGAGGAUCAACUUAACUUGACCUGGCCAUGGUAUCCUGAGACAGACCAUUUUACCGACCGCCUGAGUCUCGACGAGAAUACCACUCUGCUCGAUUUUCCGCUGACCCAGGCCAAAAGCGACUGGAACGAAGAGGCAUACCACGCUUUGAUGGUCAUUGGACUGGGGGGCAACUCGUCAAUACUGAACGUUCUCAAGAACUCGGACAAGAUCCUGACGCGUACCUAUUCUUUCUUCUAUGGCUUCCUGGGCGGACGAACAUCCACCCGCGCGAAUGGCCAAAUGGUGUUUGGUGGCUAUGAUGCGUCCAAGGUCUCAGGCCAGGGAUCCGAACAUUCCCUUGCCACAGCAGAGACCAAAUGCCCCUCAAAACUCGUCGUUAUUGUUACGGGGAUGGCUCUUAGAUUUGCCAACGGUACAGAGACUAACAUCUUUGGCACAUCCGACUCGAGCGCCCUGGCAGUGUGUAUUGACCCGAAUCUACCUACUGCCAUGAGGAUGCCAUUCAAUCCAUACUUCAACAACUGGAUGACGGCAACAGACAAUUCUAUCUUCUCCAUGAACCGCUCAUUAGGUCUUUUCUAUUACAACAUGCGAUACCCGGCAAACACCCCAGCAUACGACGGUGAUCUCCUCAUUACACUAGACACAGGUCUUACCGUUACUCUGACCAAUGAUAAUCUUGUUCAACCCCACACCUAUAUCGAUCAGGACACAGGCGACCUUAUCGUUGACGACGACAUGAGCGAGCCCGAUCUGCUGAUCGAUUCGGAACAAGAUAUCAACGAGAACGACAUGGCAACAUUUGGGUCGCUGUUCUUCCAAGCGGCCUACAUGGCCGUAAACCUCGAUACCGGAAAAUUCACACUGUGGGCGGCAAACACGAACUCAUCAUCGACAGCCGACUUCCGUGCCCUCGAUGCUGAUCAUGAGGAGGUCACGUCAUGGUGCGAGGCCGGAGAUAAGGAUGUUCAGAGCAACUCCACGGCGUCAGACCCGACAACGUCGAGUGUUUCAUCGGCCACUGCAGCGGCAGAUGACUCUGGCGGCGGCUUAAGCACUGGGGCAACCGUGGGGAUCGCAAUCGGCGUCGCAAUAGGAGCUUUUGCGAUAAUCGGAGGUCUUGUGCUAUGGAUCAGAAGCAGGAAGAGGAGGUCUGAGUACAUGGCAGCGGAACUGGGAGAUUCAUCGGGCUCGGGCUCGAACAGGGACUUAACGACCGGGGCUGACCGCCACCAGCCCGACCAGAACGGCGGUCCACAGUCAUCAUUCGAGGCGUAUGAGCUGCAUGACUCCACCAGGCCAGAGCUGCACCCCGAAUCAGUGCAGAAGUUCGAGUUGCAUGACGCCAGAUCUGGCAGACCAGAGCUGCACCCGGAGUCAGUCCAGAAGUUCGAGUUGCAUGACGCCAGAUCCGGCAGACCAGAGCUGCACGAGGACUCGGUCCAGAAGUUUGAGAUGCCCGAGUCGGGCCCUCCGACUCGUUACGAACUGUCUAGCUAG